AUGGUGGCUGGUUCUUCAGGCGAGGCCGGAACCCGCGCGGGACUGAUGCGCAUGCUGGUCAGGUGUCAUUGGCUCUCUUGUUUAUUGCUCGCUCUGCUGGCCAGCCGCACUAUGGGAUGUAUCCAAAGCAUCGCGUGCAAGCCCCGUAUCAGACGGGAGAACAUCGUGGUGUACGAGGUUUCGGCUUCCAUCGACCAGUGCCCCACCGUCAUCGAGGAGAACUCGCCCAUCGUCCUUCGUUACAAGACGCCCUACUUCAGGGCUUCGGCGGGGGUGGUCAUGCCGCCCGUGCCCCGGAAUGAAACUUGGGUGGUGGGCUGGAUUCAGGCGUGCACGCAGAUGGAGUUCUACAACACCUACGGCGAUAUCGGCAUGUCCAGCUGGGAGCUACCGGAACUACGAGAGGGUCGCGUGAAAGCCAUCAGCGACUCGGACGGCGUCAGCUACCCGUGGUACGGCAACACCACCGAGACGGUGACCCUCACCGGUCCCACCUCCAAACCGUCCCGCCUGACGGUCAGCAUGAACGACAACUUCUACCCGAGCGUGACCUGGGCUGUCCCCAUCAGCAACAGCAACACGCCCAUGCUCACCCACAUCACCAGAGAUCAGAGCUUCAUCACCUGGCUGGUGGCCAUCAACUCCGUCACUAAGGAACGAAUCGUGCUACAAACGGUGCGGUGGCGAAUGCGGGUGGACAUCGGCGUGGAGCCCGACAUGCCGCUGGGAUCUCGGGCCUCCCUGGUAGGUCGACCUUAUCAGGAGCAGCCGCACAUCCUUAACUACCAGGAGCCCAUCCCUCCCAAUGCCCUGGGAAGGCCCAACGCCAACGACGCCCAAGUGCUCAUGUGGAGGCCGCGGCGAGGAGCGCCGCUUGUCGUCAUACCGCCAAAAUGA